GUCAGUGUUUCCUCCAUGUGUCACUUCCUCUCUCUGCAGCGGUUUUCUAGCUUCUGUCUUGAGAAUUACAACCAGAAAGUGUGUGAAGAUGAUCAGAGGGAGUUCCUGAAUGGCUGGUACAUCUUGGUGAUCAUCAGCGAUGUUUUGGCCAUCAUUGGAUCAAUACUCAAAAUGGAAAUACAGGCUAAGAGCUUGACUAACUACGACGUCUGCAGCAUCUUCCUGGGCACGUCGACUCUGAUGGUCUGGGUGGGCGUCAUUAGAUACCUGGGAUACUUCGAAAAAUACAAUGUGCUUAUCCUCACUAUGGGAGCAGCUUUACCAAAAGUCUUGCGCUUCUGCUGCUGCGCAGGAAUGAUCUACCUGGGCUACACCUUCUGUGGAUGGAUUGUCCUGGGACCCUACCACGAGAAGUUCGAAGGUCUGAGUCGUGUGGCAGAGUGCCUCUUCUCGCUAGUCAACGGGGACGACAUGUUCCCCACGUUUGCAGAGUUUGAGCAAAAGAACACAAUGGUGUGGCUGUUUAGCCGAGCUUAUCUCUACUCGUUCAUCUCGCUCUUCAUCUACAUGGUGCUCAGUCUCUUCAUCGCCCUCAUCACAGACGCUUACGAGACCAUCAAGGGUUACCAAACGACAGGCUUCCCCAUGACAGAGCUCCAGCGGUUUAUGACGGGGCAGAAGGAGGGUUUCCCCCUCCAGGGGCAGGAGGUGGUCGGCACAGAGUGUGGUGAAGCCGAGACCAUCCACCCUUCAGUUAUGCUGUGUUGCUGCAAAAGUGUUCCCAAAGACGACACCAUCAUUCUCAUCAGCUGACCGUUGCGACCGAUUCGAUGUUGAAUCUACUGAAAACUGCAAUGGAUUUGCAGCUCAAUAAGGGAAAGAUUAUGUGAACAUGUUUACCGCUCCAUGUACAUGCUUCAUGUACUACACAGGAAGAACGAUCUUCCUUUGAAUGUGCCAAUUUCAUUAGGAUCCGGUAAGACCUGCAUUAGCAAACGGAUAAAAACCAAAUCAUAUCUGCCAAAGUGCACUACAAUGCAAUUAAGAGCAAAAUUAUUAAUCAUUUUGUGGGUCAAAUGGCAACCGCAGAUGACCUUGGAUGCAUUUUGAUGUGCAACUGUAAAAUUAUCCCUGUUUAAUGUUGGAUAGUAGAGGAAAUAUAUUUUAUGAUAUUAUUUAUGUGGAUUGUCUGCUCGUGUUUCACAUUAGAGAGUUGCUUCAAGUUACACAUUUCCGCUGGUUUUCAUAUCAGCACUUUGGCAUGUUACCUCAAAAGGUGUUUAGACGUAUUUGAAAGAUAACGUCUUUUAAUAUUGUGCUUAAAGUAUGUAAGGAAUGACUAAUGCAACACCAGAGUUCUAAGAAUGCAUUGCUCACUCCGCUGAGGCAACUUUUGUCUUGUUGGAGAUGAUCAUACUUUGAUGUGAAUCACUCCUCAUUAUCAUCAUCAUCCCACAAUUAACAGGGAAGGCAGACAAGUUCCUACGUGACUUGCUUAGUAAGCAAAUGCUCACCGGGAGAAAGACCUUGGGUGCGGGAAUGGAAGAUAUUAAAGUAUAAUAAAAGUAUUUUGUAUGUUCAAUUUACAA